CUUGUCUCAUUCCCAGUGUGCAGCUCAGCAAGGGGUCCGUCCUCUCUGUCACUGUCUCUUUUGCCUGUUGUAAUUCCGUCUGCCUCUCUCUGACUCUGCCUGUCUCACUUUCUGUUUGUGCUCUCCUCACCCUUGUUCCUUCAGCUUGAAUCACAGCCCCUCUGUCUUUCUGCCCUCAUGCAUUUGUCUUUGUUGCGCUUUCUGUCUUUCUGCCUUGACACCAUCCCCUUUCCCAGUGCCUUCCCUCUACUUCUAUAAGGCUUAAUUGCUUAGGCAGGGAAAUAGAGGCUAAGGGCCUCUCUCCUGGCUUCCCUCUUCAUCUUACUGAGCCUGCCAGUCAGGAGGGCUGCGGGUCCUGCAGCCGUGGGUGGCCUACAGCCAAAGGAGGGAGGAGCCCAUCCGGGCGGGAUUGGCCCUAGGUCCACCUCAAAAAGCCUGGGGCAAGGGGCGCGACGCGUUCUGGAUGAACCCUGGAGGGCCUGUUUGGUCCGACAGACCCCACAGGCUCAGCAGGGAUUUGCGGUGUCAUGCCCCGGAGCCCCCGGACCGCGCCGAGCUGGGCGCUGUUGCUGCGGCUGCUGGCACUGCUGCGGCCGCCAGGGAUGAGCGAGGCGUGCAGCUGCGCCCCUGCGCACCCCCAGCAGCACGUCUGUCACUCAGCGCUCGCCAUACGGGCCAAAAUCUCCAGUGAGAAGGUAGUUCCUGCCAGUGCAGACCCCACUGACACUCAAAAAAUGAUCCGGUAUGAAAUCAAACAGAUAAAGAUGUUUAAAGGGUUUGAGAAAGUCAAGGAUGUUCAGUAUAUCUAUACACCUUUUGAUUCCUCUCUCUGUGGUGUAAAACUAGAAGCUAACAGCCAGAAGCAAUAUCUCUUGACUGGUCAGAUCCUCAGUGAUGGAAAAGUCUUCAUCCAUCUGUGUAACUACAUCGAACCUUGGGAGAACCUGUCCUUUUUGCAGAGAGAAAGUCUGAAUCACCACUACCAUCUGAACUGUGGCUGCCAAAUUACCACCUGCUAUACAGUGCCCUGUACCAUCUCCGCCCCCAAUGAGUGCCUCUGGACAGACUGGCUGUUGGAACGGAAGCUCUAUGGGUACCAGGCCCAGCAUUAUAUCUGCAUGAAGCAUGUCGAUGGCACCUGCAGCUGGUACCAGGGCCGCCUGCCCCUCAGGAAGGAGUUUGUUGACAUCAUCCAGCCCUAGUAUGGGCCAAUGACCACCACUUUCCUUCAAGAGUCCUGAAGCCUAAGCCAGUUCUCCUUCCCUGUGGAGCUCUGGCCGUCACCACCUGUCUCAUCACUGCCAGCCAAUGGGAAGUACCAAGUAGAUGAUGUGGCUAGUGUUAGGGCAGGGAUGGGGCUUGUAGCAACUUGUAUCCAAACACCAUCCCAGAACCUGUCAAAGGCCAGGAAAAGUCACUUGACUUUUCUAGCCUGCCUUUAGCCCAUCUCCCCUGCUUCCCAAACCCUUUCAGUCUAGCUAAGCCCUGCUACUGAAGUUUUGAUUCUGGCUUAGUUGGUUUUCUAUAGCCAGAACUAUUCACUUUUCUCCCUGGGAGAAUGUGUUUUCUCUUACUGUAACUGAUCUGAUAAGGGAGAAAUGGUGAUUAUUAUACAUAUGAGAUGAUGUGGCCUUGUGAUGUAUAAUACCAGAAGGUGGGCUGACAGAAUCAGAAACAAGCUGAUUUGGAGGAGUGAAAAGAACAAUACACUAUGGCUGUAUGUCCUCUACUCAUGUCCCACUCAUCCUAAUCCUCUCAUAUACUUUCAUCUGUUUGGGGGAGAGACUUGAGGGGUGCAGAGUCAUUCAGGGGGAGACCUGCAGUGGCCUAACCUUCCUCCACAUGCUGUAAUUCCCCUCUACGUCAUUCCUGGCAGAGGAUCUGGCCCAGUUAGCAUACCUCUGUGGACAAGAAUAGACUUAGGUAUUACCUCUCCAGGUUAAUUAUCCUUAAUGCCUUCAACUGAUGUGCAUAAAGCUUCUCCUGUUUCUUUUAGAAAGUCCUUCUCUGCUCAAUUACUAAUGUUUUCAUUCCUAAUUCAGAAUUUUUUUAAGCCAAAAAAAAAAAAGUCUUUCUCUUGUAGAGAUGAAAUUCCUCUUUAGCUCUUAACACCUCAGAGAGAUCUUAGGAGGUCCUCUCUUGAGGGAAAAUUUCAGGAUAGAGGACAGGAGAGAAAUAACACAAGGGCCCUUGGGGGAAAAAGAUGGUAGAUGGGGAACAUACUUUGCAACUCUUACAACUGUUUUCAGUGAUCAGCCCUGCUAGGCGUUAUGGCAGGAAAAAGCCAGCUUUGUUCCCUGUCUGCUCCUCAGCUCAGUCCCCUCACCACUGUGUAUUAGAGUCCCUGAGAACUCCAAGGCACAGACGCCUUAGGGUUCCUUAGACUGUGCAAGGCUUCCUGGCUUGCCCUGAAAGGGAAAGCCCUUAUGCUCAUCUCAAGAAUUUAUUAAGGAUGAGGGCUUAAAGUUCCAGAGACUUGCCCUGGCAAAAAUGAAGGAGGUAGUUCUUUUCAAGGCUCAAGGAUGCUAUUCAUCUUUUAUGUGUGGUUUGGCCCAUGCACAAUAUGCCAGAUAAUUCACAGAAAUGGUUCAAAUGGAGAUCCCUUUUGGAGUAGGGAGUGGGAGGGGAAAUAAACAUGAUCUCUGUCCCAGAGUACAAUACUGGAAUGCUAUGGCAGUAAGUCUUCAUUGGUGGGUUAAGCAGGAUCACCAACAGACCAUGCAACCCUGGGGCAGAGGAUGUGGGGACAGAGAGAAAGAAGGGAGUUAAACUGGAGCUAGAAGUUGUCAUGAAGGACAAACAUUAGCAAUAGCCUCUGUCCCAGUCAACCAAGCCAUCUCUCUGCUCCUUCUGAUAUCCUAGUAUGGCCUCAGAGAAAGCAUAGUGUUAAUCCAGUCUGACUGUAAUCUUGAGGAAGCCAAGGGAAGAGCCUGGUGAAAAAUAAUAGGAAUAAUACCUUACAUCUGAGGAGUGCUUCACACUUUUCCAGAAGGCUAUUACUUAAAGAAUUUCAUUCACAUUUUGUAAGUACUAUAUUAGAUAUCCUGGUCAGGAAUAAUUAUGUGCAUUUAACAUUCCGAGUGGGAAACUGACAUACAGGGAAUCUAACUAGUCCAGUGACCUGUGGCAGGGCCAGAGCUAGAACCCAAAACAGUGGGAUCUUCUGAUCGCUGAUCCAUAGGUUUGUUACUUUCUCAGCUUGAUAAAAUGCCCUUGUUUCUGCUCUUCACUAUUCGGUCUCCAAUAACCCCUUGGAGACAAGGGGUUAUCAGCUAAAAUUCAGCUGCUCUAGCCCCACAAAGCAGGUCCACAGUUCAACCCCAACAGAGUGUCUUUUGAAAAUGCCGAGGCCCUCUUUUGAGCCCCAUAAUCACCAUGAGGCUAAGCUCAGAAUGUAAACAGCAGAGGGACUAGAGUCCCCACUCAAUC